GCAAAAAAGACCUCCUUUGUGAAAAUCCCUUGUUUUAUUAGAAAACAAAAACAUUAAAGAAAAGUUCGCGUUUUGUGGAGAAAAUAAACACACUGAUGACGAUAAUAAGUGUUCGUUUGAAAAAGGACGAACACACCCAUCAGAUUAACGAUGCAAUAUAUAUAACAAAAUAACGCAUCACGGCGGCCGUCGAGAGGGUAACCGCCAAACGUUACUCAGACCCGCAAACGUUGCACAAAACCAACGUUUCUUCCAACAUUCAACGUUACUCCCACUCCUAACCAUUCUCGAAGAGGGUGCAGCCAGACAGAACCCUAGAACCACCCUAAGAACCGGAAAUCGAACCGGGACUUGAGCAUUCCCCGCAAUGAUGAUUCUUCGGAAGCCCGGUUUGCAACUCCUCAUUGCGGUUCUUCUGCAACAUGCAACGCGACAGGCCUUCGCUCGCCCGUUGCAAGGUCACGACAGGAUGCAAUUACCACCACCUCCCCCAGCGACCCAGGACCCACCUGGACGUCAUCUUUCAGGAAUUCUGGAAUAUCCUGACGACGCGGCGGUUCCUCCUUCGGCAGAGCAAAGGGUGGAUUUAGGGGACCCGGCAGAACGCAGUGUCUUCAUCCGUGUUAGCCAGACGCAGAACCAAAACCAGAAUCAGUGGCUAUAUGCAGUUCUUCCUCCCCCCCGUCCUCCUCCUCCCUCUACCUCUCCUCCUCCUCCUCCUCCUCCUCUUCCCCCUCCCCCAAACAUCUUCUGGGUUAUCCCAAUGGUAAGCCAAGCCCUGCCCGCACCCCUGCCAUCCCCUACAGCAACCCUGCCAACUACGACUAUGGCUACAGAAAUGUCUCUCUCCCUUCCCACUGUCUCGUCUGCCACUGAGGAGUCUGCCUCUUUGACUGCCCUAACCACGGCUGCCAUGUCAGCAACUGCCUCUCCGCCUACCAGUGCUUCCUCUGCAACAACCACAACUACCUCUCCACCUACCACAACAACUACAACCACAACUACCUCGCCACCUAUCACAACCACAACUACCUCGCCCCCAAUCACUACUACAUCUACAACUACCUCUCCACCUACCACAACAGCUACAACCACAACUACCUCGCCACCUACCACAACCACAACUACCUCUCCACCUACCACAACAACAACAACCACAACUACCUCUCCACCUACCACUACUACAACAACUCCCUCUCCGACUACCACAACCGCAGCUACCUCACCGCCUACCACCACAACUACAACUACAACAACUACCUCUCCACCUACCACUACUACUUCUACAACCGCCUCUCCGACUACCACAACUACCCCUACACCAACAACCACUACCUCUACAACAACUACCUCACCACCUACCACUACAACUACAACGACCACAACUACUUCUCCUCCUACCACUACCACCCCUACAACAACCACAACUACCUCUCCAUCUACCACUACCACCCCUACAACAACCACAACUGCCUCUCCAUCUACCACUACCACCCCUACAACAACCACAACUACCUCUCCAUCUACCACUACUACUUCUACAACCACCUCUCCGACUACCACAGCUGCCUCUACACCAACAACCACUACCUCUACAACACCUACCUCACCACCUACCACUACAACUACAAUAACCACAACUACCUCCCCACCUACCACUACCUCUGCCACUACCCUUAUAACAACUAGCAGUACAACCACAUCACCAACUACAUCAACCACUACUACCUCUACAACCACAUCUACUACCUCAGCAACAACUACAACUAGCCCAGCAACAACUACAAGUACAACCACUACUACCUCACCAACCACGACUACCACAACCACUACAACUACAACCACAACCAAAAAGCCUCCCUGGUUAGGCCUUGUGCCCGUGUCUCCUCUGGAAGGCGAAGACACUAACUUACCCGUGGCCUUAUAUCCAGAAACAACCGCUUCAACCUAACACGCAUACGCAUGCACAUACACACACGCACACGCACACGC